AUGGGACACCCACUUGAAUUAUCAUCAAUCGAAUUAAAUCAUGUUGAAGAAUGGCUAAAUAAUAACUAUUUAAUGUGGAAUGAGAGCAUUAUGUAUAGAGGAUAUGUAAUGACCAAACGAAAAUCAGAGAGUAAAUGGACAUCUUCUAUCAUUGUCAUUACUCAAUAUCAUAUUUUGAUAUUCACAGAGGGCAAAGAAAUGACAAAGAAACCACCAAAAGAUCAUCAUAUCUAUGAUAUUAAGGAAUUAACUAAUAAAGUUGAAUUUGUUUUGACAGUAUUAUUUCAAAAAGGUAAACAAAAAACAAAAUUGAAAUUUAAAUCAGAGGUGAACGAAUUAACAUUGGAUGGACUUACCAUUGUCUAUCCACAGCAGAACAACAGCAGUAAUAGCAGCAGCAGCAGCAGUAGCGAUAGCUCAUCGAGUGACUCUGGUAUCAAUAAUAACAGCAACCCAUUGAAAACCGAUGCAACUUCCAACAGUACUUCGACCUCUUCUACAACAAGUCCGCACUCACAACCAAUAAACAGCAGUGGUGGAUCAAACAAUACAACCAACGUAGUUAACAAUCGUCUGGUAUUCAGUUUAGCAACAUCCAUCGAUUUGAACAAUCCAAAUGAGGAGGAUCGUCAAUCAAGCAGUAACAACAACAACAACAACAAUAAUGAUUUUACAAAUGGAUUCCAUGAAUCCGAUGGAAACAGCAACAACCACGUAGGAGAAGUUGCAGCAGGUUUAAGUUAUAAUCAAUCUUUUAGUACACUGUUUAACAAAUCGCUACAAAAGCUCUAUAUGAAUCCGGAACUUCGUACUCUAAGCUUGUCAAAUGUUGGAAAGGUCACAAUGACAUUGAUUCCAUAUUUUGGAAAGAAUUCCUCGGUUACUUCACUCGAUAUCUCUAGAAAUCAACUUGGCGAUCAGGGUGCCAGUCUUUUGGCACAGGCACUCGCCAGUAACCGUAGUAUUCUAGCGAUAAACAUCGAUGCCAACGCCAUCACCAAUGUCGGAUGGAAUGAAAUCUUGAUGUCACUCACAGAGAUUGGAAAAUCAACAGCCAAAGAUUCACCAACACUUCCAGUGUCAACCGUUCGUUCUCGACUUCAUUCAAUGAUCUACCCGAGAUCAGAUUUCGAAAAGUUGAUUGUUGCUACUGACGAUCCGGUUCGUCGUGUUUCCAUCUAUCUGCUGAUCAGCAAAAUACAGAUGGCAUUGAUUGGCAAUGGCAACUUCUUUUAUUCCGAUCGUCGUAAUUGUAUAAAUGCUAAACUCCCAGUUGGUUUCACCAUUAGAAAACAAGACCAUUUCUUCCCUCAGACUCCAACCGUGCUCUAUCCGCGCACACCCAUACCAGCGGACAUUCUUGCACAUCAGAAACUCAAAGUAGAGCAACAACGCAAUGGAAAUCCUCAGAGUGCCAUUUCCACACUAGCGCAAUUCCUAAAGGUUCCAGUGAAGCUCAAUAAAUCAUCGGUUGUCAAUGCCAUUAAUCCAAAUAACGUAGUAAUAGGACCGCCUACAACAACAAACAACAAUCCAUCGAUACCGAAGAAACCAAUAUCAAACAACAAUAACAACAGCAAUAAUAAUAACAAUAACUAUCAUCAUAAUCAUAGUCCAGCAGUUAUUACACCAGUUAUCAAUGCCAAUAAAUGUGAAUCACCCAAUGUGUUGGCUGCUCAACUACCAAGAAGUGAACGUAACUCUCCCGUUCCAUUCAGUGAGGAUAACAAUGGUGCACCUAGCUUGGUUUCAAAUUCUAUUCCAGUCAAUAGUAUGCUCGCUUCAACAUCAAAACUGGAUACGUUGUUAACUAGUAACUCGACUAGUCUACCUCGACCCAAAUCAACAAUGUAUCCAUCGAUUCCAGCAUUUGAUACUUCGCCAUCGAAACCUACAUCCACAACCACCACCGGCUCAACAUCUUCAUAUAGAAAGUCAUCGAAAGACACGCUAAACAGUGGACAACACGACCAGCCUGUCACUCACCAACAGGUAUUCGAUGCCAUUCAGAAUCUUGAGUUUGCAACCAACUACUGUUCCACUCUUAAUGGCUAUACGACACCACCAAAGUCACCACCAAAGUUGGCGACAGUCGGUGACAGUCACUCAACAAACACCACACCAACAAAGACAACCGCUUCAUCGCCAACAUCCGCUUCAUCCACUUCCAAAAAAUCUAAAACCAUCUUAAAAUUGAAGGGAUCACCCUCCACUUCAACAUCGUCAUUAUCUUCACUGACAUCAUCGUCAUCGUCAUCGUCGCUGUCUUCGUCAUCGAUGUCCUCACUUUCCAAUCUUAUUUUGGUGCCACACGGUGGAAAUACUACUAGCAAAGUCGAUAAAUCAUCGAGUUCCGAGAAUUUGAUGAUCACCAAAACCAACAAGUCCAAACGUAGUAGUGUAGAAUCACCAAUGUCUACACCAUUCCGUAAAGUAUCGUUGAGCGCUUCAACAUCUUCUUCAUCGAUUGCCGAAGAUGCCGAGGCUUCGAACACUUUAACCACAACAACAACAACAACAUCGAUAUCAUCAUCAGAGUUUGGUUCCAUUCUGAACAUGAACCAACAAAAUCCAUUUACAAGAGUACGUAGCCAGAGUGUUUUGACACCGAUCAAACUGGAUGAUCUAUUGGUAACCAACCAUGACAAUCCAAUCAUUGUACAAAGCUCAACUUCAUCGUUAGAAUCUGGUCUAUAG